UUGAGCAGCACAGGCGUUAUCUUCUCACAGUCUGCAUCUGGAAGAAUCAGAUAAAUAUGAGUGCAGAAAAACAAACCACGUCUUCUAUUUUUACAUAUGCAACACAAUCACAGAGCAAGGAUGUGUGAGUCAGGGAUGCAAGAGCAGAAUGCCGGAAGCACUGUGUCUGCUCUGUGUACGGUGGACCAAUCAAACAACCCAUGCAACCCUUCUAAAAAAAUACUAAUUCAGGCAGACCUUGCAUUUCAUAUCUCGCCGCACAAUGAGCUUUUCGUCUGGCAGCUCUAGAGGGAAGGGGUCACACACAGACAGAUGAGCUGUCCUCUGUGCUGUCUCUUAUGGUAUUAGCUCGCCCCAGUUGUCUGCAUGAAUAACAACCGAGGACGUUAUAUUUGGUUUAAUUUCCUUAGGCAGAUUUGGUCCCUCCAUAAACAUGAAUACUCUUUCAUGAGACUGCAUACAUGAAUGACUUAUUCACCUGACAAGAAAGAUCAGACUAACCAAAAAUAAUGAUGUUGGGGUCUUUUUUUCCCCAUUACAUCCUUUUAGAUUUUAAUCACCCGAAGUUGUAUUUAUACACAUUGUAAAAGAUGCCAGACAGGGUAGUAUGACAAGACAACAUGAUGGGGGAAACAGUCAUGGGUGGAAUGAGUAGGGUCACCAAACACACAUCUUGCAUAUGUCAACAGCUGCAAUAAUAAAUAGGCUGAUGAUUUGUAGCUUAGCUUGACACCAGUAAAUGUUGUUAGCUUGUGUUAGUAGCCAUCUGUUUCUUAGCUGUGAGUCAGCGGCUGCGUACUCUCAUGAAGAUGAUUCAGCCGGAUGAAAGUGGAUUUACCAGUCAUGGCGGACAUCUCAAAUAAGGACAACAACACCUACAACCUGCUUUAAGAGUUUGCACCGUGGCGGCAUCCUGAGCGGAGACUCGGUCUUUGCCGCGGACCCCCUAAAUGCCUUUCAUUGAGAAAAGGCUUCGGACGUUCAGUGUUGUGAAUGUGUACAAGCAACAGAUUACCUGAUUAAGAUGGGUAAUAAACAAACGAUAUUUACUGACGAGCAACUUGAUGCCUACCAGGACUGUACGUUCUUUACCCGCAAAGAAAUUCUUCGAUUGCACAGCAGAUAUCAUGAAUUGGCUCCACAUCUCGUCCCCAUGGACUACACCAACGAUCCUGACUGUAAACUGCCUUUAGCCUUAAUAGUCAACAUGCCAGAAUUAAACGAAAAUCCUUUCCGCAACAGGAUCGUAGAGUCGUUCUCAGAGGACGGGAUGGGGAACCUCAGCUUCAAUGAAUUUGUGGACAUGUUCUCAGUCCUCAGUGAAAUGGCUCCUAGGGAACUAAAGGCCAUAUAUGCCUUCAAAAUAUACGAUUUCAAUGUGGAUAAUUACCUGUGCAAAGAGGACCUGGUAAAGACUUUGAAUAGGCUGACGAAGGAGGAGUUGACUCCUGAAGAGGUGGUGCUGGUGUGCGAGAAAGCCAUCGAGGAGGCGGAUUUAGACGGAGACAACAAACUCUCCUAUGCUGACUUUGAAAACAUGAUUACCAGGGCUCCAGACUUUUUAAGUACCUUCCAUAUACGAAUCUGAGAGGGCAACGUGGAAGGUCAAAGGUCGGCAGCGUUGUGAACCUCAGGAUUUUAGCUGCACCUGUCCUAGCCACAGCACAGUGCCUGUCUCCCACUCCAAUGGUCAAACAAAUGUUUGCAAUCAGUUAAUUAGCAGUAAAGGAUAUUAGUGGAUACAUUUGCAAGGACACAGAAUUUUUUUAUUGCAAAUGAAAAUGUAUUUUCCUUUUACCAGCUAUAAAAGGGCUUGGCAAGGACUGGUCUCUUGUUGGAAGAAACAGACUAUUCUUUCCACAUUUUAAAGUUAAAAUAUUAUAAAUUAAACAAGUCUGUAAUGAGCCAGACUCUGUAUUAAUGCAUAUUAAGCUCAGUCAAGAAUGCAUAAAAUGCUCAUCUACCUAUCUUGUACAUGAGAUACAGAAUAUAUAUAAAUUCUUCCUACAAUGACACACAACAUAUUUAGUGUUUAUAAGGUUAAGGGCAAAGCUUGAAGUGAAUAAAAGCACAGCAUUGGCAUUAAGGGCAUCCAGAUAUUUUAUAUGCAAUAUUUGUACAUGCAGUGUGUUGCUUUUAAUCAUUUGGGGUUGUGUUUUUGCUUGUGGAGCUGAUCACGACAAUCAUAUCUUACUGUUUUUCAGAUACAUGAAGGGCUCUGUCGUCUGAACAAAUGUUGGUAGCUUUUUCUGCUUCAGCCAUUAUCACAAGAUAACAAAUACAGCCAUCUUUUGGAUAUACAUGUUACAGUAUUUUAUGUGACUUCAGGUAUUUGUCUUACUUUUAAUAAAUGUUUUUUUUUCUGUCUUGA